UGUUUGGCAUAUUUUUUUUUAUUUUUGCGUUAUAUAACUAAGUGGCAAUAGCACGGGCGAAUAGAAUGGUUAACCGGUAACUGGCUACCAAAUCUGUAAAAAUCACACACGCCAACGGAAAAAUAUAAAAGUGAUAAGAUCGAAAAAUGGUAUUCUCGAUACAGAAUUCAGAAACAGGGGAAAUGGACUACACGUAUCGGCCACUGUGUUCGGUAAAACAUCAAGAUUUCGAUAUGGAGACUGGUGAACCCUUAAACGGCACAAAAUGGAAAGUUCGAUAUGUCAAACAUGAAAAUUUCCACAUACCCAAAAAAUAUCUACGAGUCAAAACACACACAAAAAUUACCACUUUCUGCGAUGACGAGUAUUCACAAACAGAUAUUCAUGUAAAACCAUUUGCCACGGCGACCAAAUCAGAAGAGAAAUGUGGUAAACAAUAUAAAAAGGAGGAUUUCAUGAAUAUGGACGGAGUUAAAAAUGAUAUCCUCUUGGGUUACACUAAGGAGACAUAUAUACUUUUUCUCAUUCCAUCACUUUUUUACUUCACAUUGACUUUUACUUUUAUUCUGCUUGCCAUUGAGGGAUUUUUACACUGCUGGGCACACAAGAAAAACUCCUUAAACACGAAUAAAUCCUAUUACUUCCGCAGCCCAUUGCAUCUGUUGACAUCCCAGUUUUGCGCGCGUUGCCGUUGUGAAUGUGAAAUGGAGAUAAAAAUUUUCCAAACGCUAAACAAGCAAAUGCGCAAAGUCAGACAUUCGAGAGCGCUGAAAGAUGUGACCAAACGGUUCUGCGUUACCACAGCGACUUGGAUUCAAAUCCGAUCAAAGAAUAUGACAUUCGCAGUAUAUACCAAAAUGUUAUUGGGAAUGUUUUACGAUAUUACUACUCGGGGUUAUAUAAACUUUGUAAAUUUUCGAACAUACGUAUGUAAUAGCUCAAAAAAUUGUACAUUAAAAAUGCAAUAUGUUACUUUAUAAAAAUAAAGGCUGCAAGGCUUGAAA